ACGCGGACGGCCUCGAGACCCGGCCGUCCACGGGUGGGCGAGGCUCUGCGGGGCGGCGGGCGGCGGCGAGUGCUCGGCUGGCGGGACGCCUGAGAGCCCGCACGGCCGGGCGCUGCUGCCCCUGCCUUCCGCCCGCUCACGCCCGACGUUGCGCUCUGAGGUGUUUCUCCAUGCUCGCCGGCUUCCCUGCACGCACGGUGGGAAAGUUGGGGCAGGCUGAACGCGCUCCCCGAGAGCCUCGCUGGUGGUCCGUCCAGCCAGCUUCCCGCGUCGAGCCGUCGAUGUAGCUCGUCACCCCAGCAGGUCCUGUGGAAAUGCUGAGGAGGAAAGUGCCCCUCAGAUGAGCGGGGUCGGCGGCCAGUCUUUCCCGAAGGCGAUGGCAGGGACCGAAACGAGCCGGCUUGGGUUGCUAGCUGCAAACUGAGAGAGAAGCAGGCUGAGGGCUGCCAGGCGGGAUGGAUCCCUGUGGAGACCCGGCAGUGCCGGGUGGCGACGGUCCCCACAGUCGGAGACCGGGGCUCCAGGGGCCGUCUGGCCAGGAGGGUCCUCUGCAGGGCACUUGCGUGGACAGCAGCCACAGUGAACAUGAAGACCGCAACAGAAUGUCUGAAGACCUUAUAAUGGUUGUCCAAGAAAUGAAAAAGUAUUUCCCAGCCGAGAGACACACUAAACCCAGCACCCUAGAUGCCCUUAACUAUGCCCUGCGCUGUGUACAUAGUGUGCAAGCAAAAAGUGAAUUUUUCCAGAGUCUCAGCCCACAUGGAGCACACCAGACUGUAUACAGUCUUGAGGACCUGACCUCUCUGGCUUCUGAACAUACUUCCAAGAACACAGACACCUUUGUGGCCGUGUUUUCCUUUCUGUCUGGAAGGUUAGUGCACCUUUCUGAGCAGGCCGCUUUGAUCCUGAAUUCUAAGAAAGGUUUCCUCAAGAGCUUGCACUUUGUCGACCUGCUUGCCCCUCAAGAUGUGAGGGUGUUCUACGCACACACUGCUCCAACUCAGCUUCCUUUCUGGGACAACUGGACCCAAAGAGCCUCGCAGUAUGAGUGUGCACCAGUGAAACCCUUCUUCUGCAGAAUCUGUGGAGGUGGAGACAGAGAGCGGAAGAGGCAUUACUCCCCAUUCCGGAUCCUCCCCUAUUUGGUUCAUGUACAUAGCUCUGCCCAGCCAGAACCAGAGCCUUGCUGUCUAACACUGGUUGAAAAGAUUCACUCUGGUUACGAAGCUCCUCGAAUCCCUGUAGAUAAAAGAGUUUUCACCACAACACACACGCCAGGAUGUGUGUUUCUUGAAGUAGAUGAAAGAGCAGUGCCUUUGCUGGGUUACCUACCUCAGGAUCUGAUUGGAACAUCGAUCUUAACAUACUUGCACCCAGAAGAUCGGCCUCUGAUGGUUGCCAUACACCAAAAAGUUUUAAAGUAUGCGGGCCACCCUCCGUUUGAACACUUGCCCGUCAGAUUCUGCACUCAGAACGGAGAUUAUGUCAUUCUGGAUUCCAGCUGGUCCAGCUUUGUGAACCCCUGGAGCCGGAAGGUCUCCUUCAUCAUUGGUCGACAUAAAGUCCGAACGAGUCCAUUAAAUGAAGAUGUCUUUGCCACCAGAAUAAAAAAGGCAGCCAAUAACGACAAAGACAUAACAGAAUUACAAGAACAAAUUCACAAACUUCUCUUGCAGCCAGUUCAUGCUAGUGCUUCCAGUGGCUACGGGAGCCUGGGCAGCAGCGGCUCACAGGAGCAGCAGGUCAGCAUCACCUCGUCGAGUGAGUCAAGCGGACACUGGGCAGAGGAGGGCCAGCAGGAACAGAUGACCCUGCAGCAGGUCUAUGCCAGUGUAAACAAAAUUAAGAAUGUGGGCCAACAGCUGUACAUCGAAUCGAUGGCCCGAUCAUCAGUGAAGCCAGUGGCAGAGACACGCGUGGAACCGCAGGGUGGUGAUGAGCAGAAGGACUUUUCUUCUUCUCAGACACUGAAAGAUAAAAGCACCGCAGAAUUCAGCUCAGGUGGUGAUCUGCAGCGAGAGCAGCACAGCUCGUCCUAUCAGCAGAUGAACUGUAUCGACAGUGUCAUUAGGUACCUGACGAGCUACAGCCUCCCAGCCUUGAAAAGAAAGUGCAUUUCCUGCACAAACACAUCCUCAUCCUCAGAAGAAGCCAAGCCGAACCCGGAGGCGGACAGCGGCCUGCAAGACACUGAACAGCUCCUGGACAUACCGAAACAGGGAACAACUGGACCACCCACAGGUACCGAAGGAGGUGCUACAAAGACCCUGUCUAUCGCCGCACUGAACAUGGCAGCUGGCAUAAGCCAGUGUAGCUGCAGCAGCACCGCUGGCCGCAUCCCACCCCUACCGACAGCAGAAAGUGUUGCCGUAGCAUGUAAGCCCUGGACCCUGAGAACGAAGGCCUCUCAGCUGGCCGCAGGAGGAUUUAAGCACGUGGGGCUCACAGCGGCUGUCCUCUCCGCACACACACAGAAGGAAGAGCAGAACUAUGUUGACAGGUUCCGGGAAAAGAUCCUGACCUCGCCCUACGGAUGCUAUCUUCAGCAAGAAAGCAGAAGCCAUGUUGAGUACUCCUGUGUUCAAGCAGCAGGGUCCACCUCUAAGCAGAGCAGAUGUGCUGGAAGUGAGAGACGGAAGCACAAACGGAAGAAGUUGCCGACAUCUGUGGACACUGGCAGCUCUGGUGCCCACCUCUGUCCCCAUGUCAGAGGACUCCUUCCAGAUGAACACCACUGGAGCCCUUCCGCUCUCUCCUCUCCCCAAGGCACAGUCCUACCUUUCCCCUCAGCCCUGGUAGUUCCCAGCCAGACCCCUUACCUGGCUCCCUGUUUUCUCCUCCAAGAUAUGGCCUCUCAGGGAGUAGGGGACUCCACAUCCUGGGGAGCUGCAGCUGGAUGUCCACCUCUGUCCGCUGGCCCUCAGUCUGUUUCCACGUUCCCCUCUGCUUAUUUGGAUUCUUUGAUGACCAAUUUCCUGCACAACACCCCUCUCUUUCCUCUGUGGCCGACAUCAUUCUCUCCAUACCCAUUCCUGGGGGCUGCAGGUUCUCCUCAAAUGGCACCCUUAGUACCAGCAACGGCUCCAAACCUGGAACCAACCUCUUCAGACCACAGCCAAAGGAGAGUGGAGGAAAACUGGGAGCUACACAGUGAAGAGCUUCCGUUCAUUAGUUCACGGAGCAGCUCACCAUUGCAGUUAAAUUUACUCCAGGAAGAGAUGCCUGCACCAUCAGAGUCUACAGAUGCAGUGGGAAGAGGCGCUGCUGCAGACGCUAAGCAUCACUGUGCUACAGGUCACAGUGGCAGUAGGAGCCGUCACUCUGCCUCCGGUGAGCUGGCCACAGCACCAGUGCAGCGGGAGUCGCCGCCUGCAGCUGCCUCAGGAAGCAGUGCCAGCAGUAUAUAUGUCAGUAGCAGUGACAACGCUUCUGAAAUCUCUGAGAAUGGACAGAGGUCACAGGCUAGACAGAGAGACGAAGCCUUUCCCGGGGAGGCUGAAGAGUCCAUCUGGGCAAUGAUAGAACGGACGCCGGAGUGUGUUCUCAUGACAUACCAGCUUCCGGAGAGGGGUAGAGAUGAGGUGCUGAAGCAAGACCUGGAAAAGCUUCACAACAUGGAGCGGCAGCAGCCCCUGUUCUCUCCUGCGCAGAGGGAGGAGCUGGCCAAGGUGCGCUCCUGGAUCCACAGCCACUCCACCCCUCAGGAAAGACACCUCCAGAGCCGUGUUGCCUGUGAAGACAGAGGUUCAGUCGGCGACACCACAGAUGUCCCCUGACAGCACCCAGCAGAAGACACCAGUUGAGCAGCUGUGAAGAUGUCACACCCUCUCCAGGUCAUGUGGAACACACAGUUGUGUGUUACCUCACCACAGUCUAACUCUUAAAUGGCAGUCAUGAGAAUUAAGAUCUUCCCUGGCUCUGUUCUGGUUUUGUUUCGGUGGUGCUGGGGUUCAAACCCAGGGCCUCCCACCUGCUAGGCUGGCACUCUCCACUGCUGACCUGUAUCCCCAGCCCUCCCUUCUUGGUUUUCAAUAGAUGACGUUUUCCCAAUAUAGGGGUAUGCGUAGGCUCUUGUUCCUGAUAGUAAAACUGCCAAUGAGAAGCCUUCUCUAGCUCAGCUGUCACCUGAAGACAUUGGCUUGUGUCUGACAGCGUGAUUUCAGACGUCACCCUGAGUAAGUGAUACUUGGAAUGAGUCCCAGGCCUUAGUCUCCUUUGUGUUUUUAUGUUGUUACAAGCUUGCUUUCCCACUAGAAUCCUUGAAGAACUUCUGUCUGUAGGUUCUGUGUUUCUCAUGGGGUUUUCUGCAAACUUACCACAUUGAUCUAGGUUUUGUACAGCCUGGUGCUUCUCUUCCUGAUUGUAAAACAUUCCAGCUUUCUCACAGAAUGUCAGAGCGUAUUCUAGGAACUGUGGGGAUCGCGCUUCGGUUGUCUGACCCCAUUCUUGUCCAUGCGCUGCCUGUGGCGGCCUUUCACGGGAGCUCCUCCCUUAAGAUCCGUCAGCCAGACAGGACUUACUCUGUGGACAACUGACGCUAAGCCUUGCAUGUUAAAGAGCCUCUUACCCAAACAAUAGUGUUUUUAAAGGUUUUUUGGUUAUAAAAUAAAUGUGAGAAGUUUUAAAUAUUAUGUUAAUGUUAUCAUGGAGGUGCGUGUGCCCGGGCUCACCAAAACAAAGUUAACCUUUCCUUGUCACCAAAUUACACGAGGUCUCCACUGCGACCAGAGGUCUGACUGGCCCUGCUUUUUGUUUGCCCUUGAACAGGGGUAAGAGUUUGGGGCUCCGGGACCUCAGCUCAGUGACAGCAGAGUCCCUUGAGUCUGUGCUCUCCAGGCAGUUCCUGUCUCAGAAGUGAGUGCGAGUGGUUAUGUGUCUGCCCGCUCACUGACUGGUGCUCUGGUUUAGAGAGGCCCAGGGUUCCUUCUUGAAUGCGGAAUGGCUGUGGAAUUCACCCGUGCAGGUCAGGGAGGAACUGACUGACGGGGAGGGGGCUUAUGGCCUUUUCCUGCUUACGUCCUGCAGUCCAACUUACUUUUCUUUCAUUUUUUUUCCCUUUUUUUUUUUGUUGUUGUUGUUUUGUUUUGUUUUAGAAAGACACUUUGUUCUCCUCUGACAAUUUAUAGCUAUUGAUAACUGUAUUGUUGUUGUGGUCAGGAGACGGUCACAGAGGCUGCUGUGCCCAGCGCUCCAGCUCAGUGGCUCAGUGGCACCAUUUCUAAAGUAGUGCUUUUUCUGGACAGCAGUCCUAUUGGAAGGUGUCAGAAGCGUUUUAAGAUGCUGCCUGUGACAUUCCUGGAGCUUUCUGGUAUUGAGCAGUUGUGUGAAGAGAGAGACUCCUCAGAACCUACUCCAUCCUGCUAGUUGAGUGAUUUGGAAGGCCCGCAUUAGUCAGGUUGGCCUUCUCUAGUGAAGGGUUGUGUCUGUUUGAAGCUACCAGGAUCCUUCUGUGUUUGUGUACAUACAGCAGACCUGAUGGUUUCUGGUGAGAGAGGCCCUUUCCUGUUGGUUCUGGAUCCCCGUUUUCUCUGCAAUUCCUUAUUUCCUUGCCUUCAUCCACACCUUAUGGCAUCUGUAUUAUGCCAGGCUUGAUUUGAAAAUGGUGCUGUAGUCAAGUCUGUAAAGUCCUUUACCGAGUCUCACCUCUGCUAGGAUGCCGUCAGUACACCAGGCAAUCCCUGGUGCUGAGGACCAGCAGUGCCUGCUGCCCCCUGUGGGGGUCACACCCAGUGGAACUCAAGCUCACUGACUUUUGUAUUAAUAACUAGAGAAUUGGUAAGAAAAAGUGUGUAUUAUAGACUUGAAUGUCGACAUAAAUAUUUCUCGCAAAGCUUUAUUUUCUUGGGUCAGAGGUCAAAAUUUUUGAAAAUAACAUGUUGUGUAAAUAAAUGGCUUAAAUGAAAUAUUAUAAUUCACAAGAUGGCAAAUUUUAACCAAAUUGGCAAUUUGUUCAUAAUUAACUGUGAAUUUGCUCAUACUUAAUAAGUAUUUAUCUUUUCAUACUUAAUAAGUAUUUAUCUUUUCAUUAUCUUUCAUUUUCUUUCAUUAUCUUUUUGAGUAAAAACAAUAAACAGUGUAUGUGUUCAAGUGGA